GGGGCUGCUGCGUGCGUGGCUGGCUGGCUCUUCAGGGCUCAGCGCGGCCUCCUUACAGGGCGUCGAGAGGAGCCCGAGGCUGCAAAUCCGGCAUGAAGACGGACUCGGGCGCGUGUGUUGUGCGCGCACAGUCCCGGGCAAUAAAUCCGAGUCGAAGUACGAACAUGCGGGACUGCUGCUUUGUUCCCGCGCCCCGACGCCUUCCCCCCCAAAGGCAACCGCGGCCGCGCCGCAACGCCCGGGGAGGGAAGCCGGGCUGGCGGGCGGGGCUCCGGCGCAGAAGAGGCGCAUGGCUGCGGGGGCGCGCCCUCCCCUCUGCUGCGGCAGCCCACUCGACGGCAGGCGGCGCCCUCCGGCAGGACUCCCGCGGGGCGGGCCGGGGCGGGGCCUCGCCCGAUAAGGUCCGAACCGGCUGCGGCUUCGCCGCGCAGUGCCUCGCCAUGUGGGUCCGCUUCGCCCCCUUGCGCUUGCCCCUCCGCCGGCGCCUGCAAACGGCCGCGGUCCUGCAAUGGGUCUUCUCCUUCUUGGCGCUGGCGCAGUGCUGCCUGGGCCUCUUCCUGCUGCUGCUGCUGGGCGACGGCUGGCUGCUGGCCGUGCUCUACGCCGCCUGGCUGUACCUGGACUGGGAGACGCCGGCCCGCGGGGGACGCCGCUCGGCCUGGGUGCGCGGCUGGCCCGUCUGGCGCCACUUCCGCGACUACUUCCCCAUCACGCUGGCGAAGGUGGCUGACUUGGACCCCACGCGCAACUACCUCUUUGGCUUCCACCCCCACGGCGUGCUGGUGGCCGGGGCCUUCGGAAACUUCUGCACAGAGGCCACGGGGUUCCAGGAGCUGUUCCCGGGCCUCACCCCCCACUUGCUGAUGCUCCCCUUCUGGUUCAAAGUCCCUUUUUUCCGGGACUACAUCAUGAGCGGGGGGCUGGUGUCCUCUGAGAAAGCCAGUGUCUCCUACCUGCUCGGCCGGGAAGGGGGGGGGCAGGUGGCUGUCAUAGCAGUUGGGGGGCCACCAGAGUCGCUGGAUGCCCGGCCUGGAGCUUUCACGCUCCAAGUGCUGAGCCGGAAAGGCUUCAUCAAGAUGGCGCUGCAGCACGGAGCGGCCCUGGUCCCCGUUUUCUCCUUUGGGGAGAAUGAGCUCUUCAAUCAGGUGUCAAACCCUGAGGGCUCCUUCAUCCGCACGGCGCAAGAACGGCUCCAGAAAGUCAUGGGCUUGGCACUGCCCCUCUUCCAUGCCCGGGGUGUGUUCCAGUACAGCUUUGGGCUUCUGCCCUUCCGGCGGCCCAUUCACACUGUCGUGGGGGCCCCGAUUCUCGUGCCCAAGACCCCUAAUCCGUCUCCGGAAACCAUUGACCAGUUGCACAAGACCUACCUGGAGAAGCUCGUCCAGCUGUUUGAAGACAAUAAAGUCAAAUUUGGGGUGCCUGAAAACAAACAUCUUAAUCUGAUCUAGAAGAAGACUCAGAGGAGAAAGCUACAAGCAUUGCCGCUUCCCUCUCACACUUCGCUUCCCGGACUGCACUAAAACUUCAGGCUUUUUUGGGGGGGGGUGUCAGUGGGGAAUCCUGGUCUCUCCCCCACCCUUGGCAGAAACGAGGCAUUUCCAGUAACUGGUGUGUUGUACUUGCACCAGAGGGCAGUCCCUGAAAGGGUAGGGUGGGGCAGCAUACAUCCCACCCUUCCAUCCAGAACUGGGAUCCAGGCAGCCUGGGUGCAUUGGGGGUGGGUGGGGCUGUGCUCGCUGCAGCUUUGCCUCCUGGGGUGGGUCAGCAGGUGCAGCCCCCACCACGGGUGUAUGGAUUUCAGAGGCAGAGGACUGCCCGCCUCUCUUGUGACAAACAUUUCCGUGGAAUAAAGUAGGUAACCUUCCAA